UACCUGAAUGAAGUUGCCUUCUAACUUUCAACCUUUUCAAGGUUUUGUUAUCAUUAUGACGUCUUCCAAAAUGGGUUAAACUACAACCUUAUACAGUUUUAGAGUGAUAUGAAAUAACCACUAGAUAUCUAAAAGUGUAAAUUUAGGCUGGACAAACUCUAUAGUAGAAAAAACUGUCUGGGAUUAACAUGAAUAAAUAAAACCAAGUAUUAUCUAUGGUACUGUUAGUUUUUAAAACUCAUUUAAAAUACUUUUUCUGAGUUGAAAUUGUUGAUGUGAAAGCUAAGACAGUACUACACAAAGGGACAGAAUGUUACCGUAUCAGUUUACUCUGUUAAUCUAUUAUUCAUUAUUUUGAAUGUGGCAGGUCAAUGAAAGAAAGUUGUCGAAUAAUACCAUGCAGAAGCCAGUUAAAACAAUGGUAGUGCUUUUAUUCUAGCCAAAUACAGUAUGCUUUAAAACAAACAAGGUGUGAGCAUUACCCUUGAUCUAUUUAGGGAAGUUACAAUUUUAAUAUGGCUAUAUGCUUCGAAGCUUGCAGUUGAUCCAGAUUUAUUAUUUUGUGAUUGUGUACGCGUAAUAUGUUUGCUUCUGCUACCAAAAGUUUUGUUAAGCAGGUUGGUGAUGGAGGUCGACUAAUUCCUGUUCGCAGCCUCAGUGAAGCUGAUAAAUAUCAGCCCCUUGGUCUUGUUAUCAAGAAGAAAAGCUGUCUUUCCAAAAGAUCCAAUUUUAUUUCAACGCCAUUCAGCCUCAAAGACAUUCUUCAAGGAGAGAAAGAAAUUUCAGCUGGUAUUUCAUCCUACCAAUUACUGAAUUAUGAAGACAAAUCAGAUGUAACACUCAAUGGUAGACGAGGAAAUCACAUCCGAAAUUCUGUUGGAGUCAAUGUUGCUGGAUCAGAUUCUCUUGCAGUGAAAGCUUCAUUUGGUAUUGUAACUAAACACGAGGUUGAGGUACCAACAUUACUCAGAGAACUUACUAAUAGAAAAAUUAAUUUUGACCACUGUCUUGUUCAUCAGUCACAAGAAAGUAAGAAGACGGUUCUUUGUAUGGUCUCUGAGAGUAUUCGAACAACACGGCAGUGUUCACUGUCUGUGCAUGCUGGCAUGAGAGGCGACACAAUGAGGUUUCAUAUUAUUGAUGACCAUAAUUACAAAGGACGUGACAGAGCUAUUGUUUUUCCUGCACAUACAACUAUUGCAUUUAGUAUAUUUGAACUUUACAUUCAUCUGGAUGGUAAUUUUGAGCUCUGCGUCACUCCAGAAUCAAAAGGAGGAUUUGAAAAAUGGCCAGCAAAAUCAUUUUCUUUCAUCAGAUUAACGAACAACCUGUUUCAUCGAAAUAAACAGGUAAUGGAUAUCAUCGCUCACUCGGAUAAUUACUUAGACGACCUUUUUGCAGACUACUAUGAAAAAGCGGCAAGCAUGACUGACAUCUCCAUGAACUAUCUCAGAGAAGGGGCUCAUGUACGAGUUAAUUUACUCAAUAGCAACAUCCCCAAAGGUCCGUGUUCCUUGUGUGGCAUGGGGCGUUCUAAAAGGGAAACAGUCUAUGGCUGCCUCGAAUGUGCUUCUAAUGGACAAAAGUUUGUACGACUGCAUGCUGUGCCUUGUUUUGACCUAUGGCACAAGAGAAUGAAGUAAGACUUUUUAAAUAAAUGCCUUAGAGGUGACUGUGCCACAGACGACUUCUUCUUUUGGGAGAGCCAGCGUGAUGUAGUGGUUAAGAGCAGGAGCACUCAAAUCUGGAGAACCGGGUUUGAUUCCCUGCUCUGCCUCUUG